GUAUCAUCUUCACGACGAUCUUUUGGAUUUCGCUCAGUUCAAGACGGCAUGUUCAUCGAACCCGGGACUGUAAUACGAGGCGACGAAAGCGAACGAGAUGAUUCCCAAUCCGUAAUCUUCUCAUGCGUUCCGUACUUCGACAUCCAAGUCCCCCCGAAAACCACGCUAGGAAAGACGGACCGUCUUCACCCUCCUCGGAGUCUCAUGCAGUCUUACUACCCCUACGAGCCACUUCGAGAAAGAGACAUGGAGCAAGCUUUCAAUAAGUUUGGGAAUGGACCUACCAACAGCAUUAUUCAUGUACCGUUACUUUGGAUGAUGAAUAUUGGCUCGCAUGCCGUCGUCACUUGUGGACACAAACCCUUGUCUAGCGAAUUCGUCAAGUCUAUCACGGUUGUGGAAGAAGACGUUAAAGCGUUCAGCAUCUCACAGAAUGGGAAGUCAAGAGACACUAAACGGAGCGAUAUUACUAGUAUCCGACUAACGGACUGGACCGGUCGUGUUCUUAUAUACUCUCUUGACGAGUGUAGGACGUACUUCGAGAUGGAGCAAAGACUUCGGGAACUCAGGUCUACUGCAUGGCGCCAGAGAUCUGAAAGCCUGAAGUUGUUGUGGAACAAGGAGAAAGGGGAUGAGAAGGUCACACCUGGAAAGUGGCUUGACAUAAUACAAAACCAGAAUGCCAUUUUCAUCGACCUUUCGACUUUGGAUGAGGAGAAAGAGAAAGAGCUGGAUCUGAAAUGGAAGGAAGGAAAGCCUGAAUCAUCUCUCGGUGCUGUGGUGUCGAAAAGUGCGAUCCCGCCAUUCUUCUUCUGGUCACAUAUUUCAAUGAAGGAAGAUGGCAAGCCCGACUUCAAAUCCCCCCCGGCAAACAUGAGCACUAACAUAGCAUCCAACGCAAAGGAGCAAACAAGGCAGCAAUUUGACUUUAUUCCACCGGAGGUACGUCACUCCAUGGAAUGCCUCGAGAGGGUCGAAAAGGCAGUAAUGUCAGAAACCAUGUCUGAAUAUGACGCCAUACACAUUGUGGAACGUUCGUUUACCUCGACCAAGUAUUACUCUUCCAUUCCGGAAGAGACAAUGGUGCAACUACAGGAUCGCUUCACCUCCCUUUUACAAAACGUAGCGAACCUGGGGAAGGGCCCGUCAACUCGGACGAGACAUCAGACCAUUGUCGAUGACCAGUGUGCCAAGAUCACCUCCUCUGCCGCAGAGCUGACCGACCUGGUUAAUUCAAUUCUGAAGCUAUUUGUAUGGGACGUAGACAAGAGCACAAUGCUGCGAAAAGUCUGGGGCGCUAUGGCAAACGUUGCGAAAAUCACCGGCCAGGUGCAACAGCGCCGCCCGUCCAGCGAACGUGACGCAGCUGAAUACACCGACCCCGAAUGGCGCUCUCCAGAAUUCGGUGAUCGUAAAUGGUUUAUCCGUACGUGCCACAACACUUUUCAAAAAGGCAAAUACACUCCACUGCCCGGGAACGAUGCUCUCAACCAGACCAUCAAAGCAUGUAGAAGAUGUCGACGUAAUCGUGCUUACGACGACCCGAACGGCGCUCUGGAGCACUUACGAGUUCACCUAGCAGGGCCAGCCAUUUCUGGAAAAUGGGCAAACCCAGGGCCGCAUAACACCAGCGAGAAAGAAGCCGACUCCGAGUUGCAAGGUUGGAUACGUAAUUCGGGACAAAUUCUCGUCGAAGAAGUAAACGCCGGCUUUCUCGCGAUAUUCGAACAAGCCAACGACGAAGCGCGCACGCUUCUUAGAGAAACACGCGAGCUGGCUCAAGGUGUCACAGACACCGACGGGAAAAUGUCAGAUAUUUACAGUUUCCCACCUGAGCUUCAUAAGACGCUUCAAAGGGUCGUUCAAUUUUUCUUCGCUGUCGAACGAGCGGUGUAUUACACAGAAGAAGUUUACGAGAAUAAACUCACAAACUUUGACGAUAUGGAGUAUAUGCUGCCGUUUUCCACGGAGGGUUUGCAAGUCCUAGGUCGCUUUUGCGAUGGCGUGAAAACCAGUAUAGCAGCAGCAAGGAAAGAUCUUUGUCUCAUGGCCCAUUCUAAAGGCACAUUUGACUACCUAAAGCGUCUUUCUCUAGGCCCAGAGUAUCUGUGUUCGUGGCUCAUGAGAAGACUACUUGUCAAGCCCGUAGACAACAGCAUGGCAGUCGCAGACCUCUACUAUGAAUACCUCUCCACGCUCCAAUUUACAGUCAACCACCGCCCCUCCAAACGCCUCCUCCGCAGCAUAAAGCUCCUUCAGGAAGAACUCUCCGCCCUCUCGAGUAUCAAUGCUUGGCAAACCAAACUCAUAGAGUCGUAUGCUGCGGUCCUGAAUCCCACAAGCUAUCCCAAUGACAUCCCCUCCCGCGGCGCUAUGUUCCCGCACGAACGGCUCGUACUCCAGUCGUGUCUAGAAUCGCUAUUAGACGCUAAAGCCGAUUUCAGCGAGAUGAUAGAAAAAUGCGGUCCCCUCUCUGAAAGCACCAAGCAAUCGGCAGAAAUCAACGAAGAAGACCACGGAAAAGCGAUUCUUGUCUUCACGGUUGUCACAAUCAUCUUCCUGCCCCUAUCAUUCGUAACAUCCUAUCUCGGAAUGAAUACUUCGGAUAUCCGCGACAUGACCAGCAAGCAAUCGCUGUUUUGGGAAAUUGCGAUUCCGCUGACUGCCGUCACAAUGGGCAGUAUCCUUUUGAUCGCAUAUAAUGGCGAUGAGAUCCGUGACAAUAUCGCUAGCUAUGCGAGACUUUUCACAGGAAAGCAAGAUACGCGGACGAGCGCGCGCGGGAUUACAGUCGCGCAGAGGAAAAAC